ACUUCUUCCCACAGACCAAGUGGUACCUCGUUGGGUACCGGGAGACAGUUUGGACCACUGGCAUUACGGAUUGAGUACGAUCUUACGUGGAUGACGACUCCUUCAACGAGAAUUUAGUAAAAGAAAAUCGGUCGGAAAUUUCAGAAUAUGUGGAAGGGAUCCUAAUUUCUUCAUCCUGGAAGUAGAAAGCACAGAAGAUCUGUGUCUCACACCACAGACAGGUGCAGUGUGUAGCCGGAGCAGCACAGAGGAAGGAAACUCUGGGGGGGAGGCGGUGUGGCAGCAGGCCUCUCCGGCUGUGGAUGUGCUGGGUGGCAACCCCCAGGCUGCACAGAAUGUGGCUGGGGAGUCACCUCGGCAUGCUCCGCAGCCGGUCGCAGCUGCCCCCCGCCCAGUCCCUCCAUUCACAAACCCAUCCACUGUGCCACUGUUGGCCAGCAAUAACUCUUCGAUCCCCGGCAUGGAGAGCGCCCAACCACCAACCGCCUUGCCUGAGGCUCUACCGAGCAGCGACUUCAAGGACAUCAUUCCACAAGAAGUUGUUGUUGAGGAGAGCAUUGCUGGAGCUGCGAGAUCAUUGCCAACAUCCCUCGCUGAGGACGGCAGUACCUCUGCUGGGAUGCAAAUGCUAUCAACCCCCCCUUGUCCUCUCACCUCACAGAUUGGCAGCGCAGUGCAAGAAUUUCAAUACGGGUCACAAACUAUUGAAAAGAAAAGCCACUCAAAUAGUCAGACAAACCAAACUCGGCAAUCUGGGGCUGGACUUGUUGCAGGGACAAAGGAGGAACAGUCCAUCAUCUUGGAAUAUAAACCAGAGACUGGAACAAAUAUGGAACUUAGUGGAAAGGAGCACACAGGUGAAAAUAUUCUCCCACAACCCCCAUCUAAAAUCUGUUUCACAGUGUCAUCUUCCUCUGUUCCCCAAUCAAAUGUUGGUUUUAAAGUUCCAGACCUUAGAGAAAUUAGGGUUAUGGCGCAGUCUGACAGGGAUCCACUCAUCCAUUCAAGUCAAGGCAGCCAUAAACUUCCAUCAGGUGCUGCAGAGCCAGCAGACAGUCACCAGGACUCAAAGUCGACACUCUCUCUUUCCUCCACAGAUAAUACAGAGAUUAAACAAACUGACCCAUCAGAAAUGCAAUUUAAAUCUUUCACAGCGAUCUCAAAUGAUGCAAGAGAAAUGCAAAAAGCAAAUUCUGUGGAAUCAUUUGAGACAUUCGGACACGGUAAGGCGGUUGUUGUCACUUCUCAACCCCAAUCUGCUGAAAUACUUGAGGCCUCAAAGGCUAGAGAAACACCCUCUGGAUUAUACUCUUCUCCUGGAAAAGAAAACUCAUCCAUCUGCAAUCCCUUUAAAUCAGAGCAGUUGGACAGUAACACAAGGGAAGAACAAAAUGACACCACCACCUCUUCGUCUGACUUCACAAUGCUGCCAGAGUUUUCUUCAUUGCAGGAGAACUCCCCAAAACCUGCUACAGAGACCCCUUUGUUUGACACAGGCCUAGUUGUCUCACUGCAGGCAGGAGAGGUUAUUAAAGCAGAGACAUCUCAUACCUCUGAUCAAGUCCCUGCAACAGAGACGUCGCUGAUUGCUGAAAUUCUGCACUCUGAUGAUGCCCGAGAAAUUGUAGUAGUCAGAGAGGAGGCUCAUAUCAGUGGAGACUGGACGAACAUGCACCUAAAUCAGAGUUACCUCCUACAAAGAGAAGAUGGUAGCGUCUGUGAAGCUGCUAUUGUUAAUGAACUCUCUUCUGGGGAACCAAAACUAUAUGAAGAAAGCGUUGAGGCAGGUAUGGAGCUCGACUCGCAGAAUGUGGAAGUGUACGAGUUCUGUGGCCUGGUGGAGGAGGUUGCUGAGGAGACGGUUUGUGCCACUAGUAGUGCACAGAUUCCUCAAUCUCCAGGAUACGAAGUGAACUUAUUCAAUGCGUUACUGGAAAACGCUGACGAGUACACCGUCAAAGAGAACCUCGGACCAUCUAUUCACACAGUUAAUGAAACUGACACUAUUGUAAUUUCCCAGCAGCCCUUGCCUUCAUCUAAUGAUAAUUUGUCCCUGCAAAAUGCAACAGUGGCUGCAGUUGGGCCACAUUUAGUGUUUGAUUCUAACCAAUCUGUUGAAGUGACACACUCAAGCGAGGUUUGUUUAGUUCAAGUAGCUGCUGUUACAUCUAACUCUUUUACUGUUGAACAAACAGAGAACGAUACACAAAUUGAGACACCACAAAUCAGUUCUGCACAUUUAACAGAGGUGAGUGACACUGCUGUAGUUCAAACAGUUUCUCCAAAACAGGAAGCAAAAGCAACAGUUGGUUCAUUAUCUCUCAUAUCCCCACUGGUUAACGUUAGUAGUGAGGAUAUGGAGAUCCAGCCGCCCGUUGCUGCUUCAGUACAUGUUACUUGCGUAGAAAACCAGCCCCGUCUCAGUCAAACUUCAGGAUUCACUGUUGUGAGUACCACAAAGCCUGAGGUCUGUGUUUCUUCUCAUGAAGAAACCAAAGAAACUCCGGCGUUGAUUCCAUCACAGAGUAUUCAGAAUGUUGCUGUGCCCACAGAAACAAAACUUGAGACGUUCUGUUCUACUAAUUCCUCUGGUGUUAUCAAUCCAAAGCUGCUGCUUCUGAAACCAGAAGAAAUUCCUCUUCUGAAACACCCACCCUCCCUUUUGGCACAAGUGUCCAAGCAACAGAAAGUGGAUGGCACGUUAGCCAAUGCCCACAGCUCUUGGACCGACUCAGCAUCUGAGGAGUGCCUUCCCCGAACUAUCUUAGCAGCAGAUUCUUUAUCUGUGUCUGUGGCUUUAAGCAGCCAGAAAGAUCAGCCAGAGUACUCUGUCAGUAAAACAUCUGUGGCAGCAACACCUGUCAAAGUCCAGCAGCCUACUCUGAGCAGCAUCAGCUCACUUCAGCUUGAGCACACUCCAUCUUUCAUCCCCACAGCUUCAACAAGCAAAUCAGAGGCCUUAACCUUUACCAAAACUGCAACAACUGAAGCAGAACCUGCUUCUCAAAAUGCUGCCACACCCACUGACGCCACCCCACCUGAUACACCUCACACCUUUGACAUGCUCGGAGCACCAGAGGAAACAGAUUGUGCAGCCUUGGAGUCCGCCAAUGUCACUCAUCAUAUGAGCAAUCCUGAUUAUGGGGAAGAAGAAAGUGAGGACAUGGAGCAGGAUGAAGCAGCGGAAGAAACUGAGAUUCACGAGGCCACUUUGGGACAAGUUAGCAGUCCCGAGGAAGACAGUGAUGAUGAACCUGAUACCGACAAACAUGAGAUGACCACUUCCAGCUCAUCACAUAAGCAUGGACAGAGCAGGACAGACAGACAGGCAAUAUUCGUUAAGGUGCGCCAGUGGAUUGCAGACAGAGUCGCCAUCAAUUCAUCGCCUGCCUCACCCUCCACCUCCUCCUCAUUUCUUAGUCCUUCGGUCUCCUCUGAUUGGGCCACACCAAGACGGGAGAAGUCCUCUCCUCUCAGAGGUCCUCAUGGCAAGUUUGUUUCACCUUUAUCUGUCGGCUACAGUUCCGCCUCUUCCCCGCCUGACCAGGGCACCUCUCAUCGGUCCCGUGGAGAGCGUCACACUGACAUGGCAGAACUGGCCAAACAUGAAGCAGACAUUGAGCAUCGAACUCAGGCUCUAAAGCGGGAGGGCUUCUGGUCAAUGAAACGUCUCACCCGUCUGACGGAGCCGCAACGACCGAAGGUUCACUGGGAUUAUCUGUGUGAGGAGAUGCAGUGGCUUUCAGCUGACUUUGCUCAAGAGAGAAGGUGGAAGAGAGGAGUGGCUAGAAAGGUGGUACGAAUGGUGAUGCGACACCAUGAGGAGCUGAGGCAAAAAGAAGAAAAAGCCAAAAGAGAUGAGCAUGCCAAAAUCAGAAGAGUUGCAUCCUCUAUUGCAAAGGAGGUCCGGGCGUUCUGGAGCAGUGUUGAGAAGGUGGUGCAGUACAAGCAGCAGUCCAGACUAGAGGAAAAGCGGAAGAAGGCUUUGGAUCUUCAGCUGGACUUCAUUGUUGGCCAGACAGAGAAAUACUCUGACCUUCUCAGCAAGUCACUUGCACCCAGCAGGCCUCCUGAGACUGCGGUGUCUCCACAAAAAUCUCUGCCACCUCCUGUUGAUGAGGAUGUAGACAGAGACUUUGAGCCUCCAUGUGAAGAGGAUGAUGAUGAUGAAGAGACCAUAGAGGUGGAGGAGCAGCAGGAGGGCAAUGAUGCAGAGAGCCAUCAGAGGGAGAUUGAAUUGCUGAAGGAAGAGGGCAUGCUGCCCCUCGACCAACUACUAAGUACCCUCAAACUGCCACCUCCACAGGACUCGGGCUCAGAUGAAGAAUGCUCUAAUGAAUCCUCUUCAUCGGUGGAGGAGGAAGAGGAAGAUCGAGAAUUCACUGCCAAUGACGAGGAUGCUGAAGAUGAGGAGGACACCAUAGCAGCCCAGGAGAAAGUGGAAGGAAAUGUCAAUCACAAAGAGGAGCUUGAUGACUUGGCCAAAGAGGGUGACAUGAGCAUUGAGGAGCUGCUGGAGAAGUACAAAGGAGCGUAUGCAUCAGACUUCGAGGCACCUUCUGCUUCAGGCUCUAAAGCAAGCUCUGAUUCUGAGGCGUCUGGGGACGACGAGGUAGAGACUGAAGAAGACGAGAGUGAUGUGGAAAGCAACACUUCUUCUUCAGAAUCACCAGGAGACAGCGCUGCUGAUGACGAUGAUGAUGACAGUGAAAAUGAUGAGGAGAGUGAGGAUGAAGAGGAUGAUGAGUGUGGAGAAGAAGGGAUGGAGCUUUUGUUAAAGGAAGGAGACCACAGCCCGCCUUCCUCAAGCUCUCGGCCAAAGAAAGAAAUCAGCCAUAUAGCUGCUACAGCAGAGAGCCUGCAGCCGAAAGGCUACACUCUGGCUACUACAAAGGUCAAGACCCCCAUCCCUUUCCUGCUUCACGGCACAUUACGAGAAUACCAGCACAUCGGCCUCGACUGGUUGGUCACCAUGUAUGAGAAGAAGCUAAAUGGGAUUCUGGCUGAUGAGAUGGGUCUGGGUAAAACCAUCCAAACCAUUGCUCUGCUCGCUCACCUCGCCUGUGAAAAAGGGAACUGGGGCCCCCACCUCAUCAUCGUUCCCACCAGUGUGAUGUUAAACUGGGAGAUGGAGCUAAAGCGCUGGUGUCCAGGGUUUAAAAUCCUUACUUACUUUGGUAGUCAAAAAGAGAGAAAGCUGAAGAGACAGGGCUGGACGAAGCCUAAUGCUUUCCACGUGUGCAUCACUUCUUACAAGCUGGUGCUGCAGGAUCACCAGGCCUUUAGACGAAAGUCUUGGCGGUAUCUGAUCCUCGACGAGGCUCAAAACAUCAAGAACUUCAAGUCCCAGCGCUGGCAGAGCCUGCUGAACUUCAACAGCCACCGGCGACUGCUGCUAACAGGAACCCCUCUCCAGAACAGCCUGAUGGAGCUUUGGUCGCUCAUGCACUUCCUCAUGCCCCACGUUUUCCAGUCCCACCGCGAGUUCAAAGAGUGGUUCUCCAACCCGCUGACGGGAAUGAUCGAGGGAAGUCAGGAGUACAACGAGGGCCUAGUUAAGAGGCUCCACAAAGUGCUGAGGCCAUUCCUGCUCAGAAGAAUAAAGGCUGACGUUGAGAAGCAGAUGCCUAAGAAAUACGAGCAUGUGGUUCGGUGUCGCCUCUCAAAGAGGCAGAGAUUUCUCUACGACGACUUCAUGGCACAGGCCUCAACCCGGGAAACACUGGCCAGCGGUCACUUCAUGUCUGUGAUUAAUAUCCUCAUGCAGCUCCGCAAAGUGUGCAACCACCCAAACCUGUUUGACCCUCGACCCAUCCAGUCACCCUUCAUCACGCAGCCCAUAAUUUUCAGUACAGCCUCCUUGGUCCUGGAGGCGCUGGAGAUUCCUCCUCUGAAGCGAUGCGACCUUUCCAUGUUUGAUCUUGUUGGUCUGGAGAGCCGUGUUUCCCGUUACCAGGCAGAUGUCUUUCUGCCACGCCACAAGGUCAGCCGUCAGCUAAUUCAGGAGCUCACCGAGUCCCCUGAACCUCCUCCGAGACCCAAACCAGUCCGCAUGAAGGUCAACAGGAUGUUCCAGCCGCCUCCUAAAAGUGAUAACCGACAGGUUCUACUGAUGAACAAACCCACCUCUUCUGUCCCUCCUGCAGCUCAGACCCCCAAACCUUCUCCAGUUUCCGAAGUUGCAACAGCCCCUGCACCUGCUCCUGUGGUUCAGCAAGUGGUGUGUACAGUGGCACCAACACCUCCACCUCGCCCACUCUUGCAUCCUACCCCUCAAACUGCAGUGAGAUCCAGUGCUCCCAAACCAAUGCUGACUGUACGGCCUCCUGGUGCUCCCUGUGUGGCCAGUAUUCCUGCUCAUCCAAGCCCAAACCCUGGCAAUGUCAUGCCGCAGAGGGUUUUACUUAGUCCUGAUAUGCAAGCAAGGCUGCCAUCUGGUGAGGUGGUGAGCAUAGCCCAGCUGGCCUCCUUGGCAGGGCGACCUGUCUCUUCAUGUCAGGGCAGUAAACCAGUCACCUUCCAGCUUCAAGGAAACAAGCUGACUCUGUCUGGAGCCCAAGUCCCAGCAGCUGCACCACGCCCUGUUCAAGGUAAUGUGAUGCACCUGGUGUCCAGCGGGGUGCAGCAUCAACUUAUCAGCCAGGCUGCUCAACUGACUGUACAGACGACAGCCCACACAAACACACCCUCUGCUGCUCCCCCACCAAACCGGCUGCCACACCACGUUUCCCCUCAAGUGUCCUCAGCCAUGGUGAGCAGCCCAGGAGUUGUGAAGAUCGUUGUGCGUCAGUCAACAGGCAAGGAGGGUGGGCCUGUGCCCACACUGGCCGUGGCCCCUUCCCCUCGUGUUGCUCCCCAGGCACCCCCUUCCCUGCACCCACACUCCAACACAAUCCCUGUCAGGAACACUGCUCCAUUGCAAAUUGCCACACGCACCCCUGGUCCUGCUACUGCCCACUACACCAUAGCUCCUCCCAGACACCCUAGCUCCACCCCGAACCAGCCUCAACCCCCUCGUCCUGUCCUCAAAGUAGUGCAGCCGCCUCCAUCCAGCAUAGAGCAGCCAGUUUCAGCUCAGGUGACCCCCUCAUCAUCUGUGUCCAAGUCUUCAGCAGCAACACGGGACAAUGGCAGCAAUCAGUCACCAGUAAACACAAAGUCAAAGCCAAACGUGCGUCCAAAGACCAACCCGCCACCCAGGAGGGUGCCCCGCCUCCCUCCCCGCUCUCCUUUCCACAUGUCAUGGCUGGCUGACAGUCUUAAACAGCAGCGCGACAGCCGACUGGGCUUCAUCAUCCAAGUGAACGAGCGCCACUGUGGAGCAAAGCCUGUGUUCGGCCGGGAGGUUCUGGACUUUGUGACUUUUCUCCCUGGUUCUCGUCCAUCCCCCUCUGCUCUGAAUUCUGAUGGUGAUUGGGGCCGUUCAGGUCACAGCAGCUGUUUGUUCGCACAAUGGCAAAACAAAUAUGAUCACUGGUUCCAGACUCAGACUUUAAUAAAGGCCAUCAACAGCAUCGAGGAACGGCUGGAGCUCCUCAGUGAUAUAAUAGACAGGUUUACAUUUGCGAUUCCUCCUGUGGAGGCUCCUCCGAUCUCCAUGCAUUGCUGCCAUCCUCCUCCAUCUCUGAGCCACAAACAGUCAGUCUUCGCCUCUGCACUAUCUGCUGAAGUCGCUCCACUCACUCGCAAUCUCCACCGCAUCCAUUGUAACAUGAGGACCCAGUUCCCCGACCUGAGGCUCAUACAGUAUGAUUGUGGAAAGCUUCAGACUCUCCACACUUUGCUGAGAAAACUAAAGUCAGGAGGCCACAGGGUGCUGAUCUUCACUCAGAUGACGCGUAUGUUAGAUGUGCUGGAGCAGUUCCUCAACUAUCAUGGGCACAUCUACCUCCGCCUGGAUGGCAGCACCCGCGUGGAGCAGAGACAGGCCCUCAUGGAGCGCUUCAAUGCAGAUCGACGCAUUUUCUGCUUCAUUUUGUCAACUCGCAGCGGAGGCGUAGGGGUGAAUCUGACCGGGGCCGACACCGUCGUGUUCUACGACAGUGAUUGGAAUCCCACCAUGGAUGCUCAGGCGCAAGACCGUUGCCACCGAAUCGGUCAAACCCGGGACGUCCACAUAUACAGAUUGAUCAGUGAGCGGACAGUCGAGGAAAACAUCUUAAAGAAAGCUAACCAGAAGAGGAUGCUGGGAGACAUGGCGAUUGAAGGAGGAAACUUUACCACUGCCUUCUUCAAACAGCAAACCAUCCGGGAGCUGUUUGAUGUUAAUGAUGGAGAGAAGAGGGAGGUGGCAGCGGAGCUCUCUGUUCCCCAAGUUGAGGAAGAGGAAGGUGUCAACAAACAGAGCACCACCAUUCUGGAACAGGCACUGUGUCGUGCUGAAGAUGAGGAGGACAUAGUAGCAGCCUCUCAGGCUAAAGCGGAGCAGGUGGCCGAACUGGCAGAGUUCAAUGAGAACAUACCGCUGGAUGAUGGGGGGGAGCAGGAGGAAGUGGAGGAGCUCUCCAAAGCUGAGCAGGAAAUUGCUGCCCUGGUGGAGCAGCUCACUCCCAUUGAAAGAUACGCCAUGAACUUCCUGGAGGCUUCAUUAGAAGAUGUGUGCAAAGAGGAGUUGAAGCAGGCUGAGGAGCAGGUGGAGGCUGCCAGAAAGGGCCUGGACCAGGCCAAGGAGGAGGGUCUAAUGCUCCACCCUUCAUCUGAUGAAGACGAUGAUGACUUUUUGUCAACACCAGCUUCCUCUGAGCCCACUCAGCCAGCUCCUGCUCGUCGUGGUCGUAAACCCAAGGACAAGACCGUCACCUCCACAAGGAUGAGCGGUCGUCUGCGCGGAGCAUCGCCCGAAACUGAACCUGAGCCUGCCACCCCAAGAGAAGUGCCUGAGAGACUCCGCUGUGGUCUGAGAGGACGAGGGGCUGCCAAGGAUGCUGGUUCUACUUCUACCACCCCGUCCCGCACAGAUCAUCAAAAAACCUCAUCGAGCAGGCCUCAAGAAUUCUCCAAGUCUUCAAAAGCAUCAUCUCCUGCCAGAGAUCACCAACCCACAAAAAGCAGGACUCAACAAAACCGCUCCCAUCCCAGUCCAGUGCCUUCCCUUCCUACAAGCUCUCCCCCUGGAGGGAAACCUGGAGAGACUGACAAGAACAAGGAGGGCGAGAAAGAGAGGAGAAUGUCUGAGUCGUCACUAGACUCCAGCUGUGCAGCAGACCAUCUGACAAAAGAUGAAGAUGGUAAAGACCACAGUUCUAUGUUGCCUCCUUCCAUCAGCUCCAGAUGUCCCCGCAAGCGGCAGUCAGCAGACGGAGAAGUGCUGCGGGGUCUGGUUGACGAUUCUCCAUCAGCCAAAGUCCUGCGGAAGCUUCCAGGGAGGCUAGUCACGGUGGUGGAGGAGAAAGAGCCACGAAGGAGGCGACGGAGAGGAAGUGGAACCGGAUGCGGAGGUUUCUCAGAAGAAGCAGCAGCAGAGGAGAACCCCACUGGAUUUGUUGAAGAGCCAAACAAAGAUAAUGAAUCAGAGAGCCCUGAUGCAAAGACAAAAGUGACUGUUUCAAAAUCCCCUCAGGACCAAGACACCGCCCCGAUUUCGUCUGUGCACCUGCAGCCUGUCCGGGGUUAUCCUCCAUAUUCCCCACCUCAUCUUUCUCCCGACAUGCCUGUGUUGAGAAACCUUCCAGUGCGACGCAGGUUGGAAACUGAAUCCCGCAUGGCUGCACAGCUGGGGGAGCAGCAGCACCAUCUGGGUAGAGGAAGAGGGGCACAAUCCAAGAAAAUGGACACACCACCAGGCAAAGACUCCACUGCAGCUUCUACAGAGUCUGGCGUAAAUUCUUUUGUGACGCCUGUAAAAAGAAAGAGGGGUCGGCCUCCUAAGACUCCCCCUGUAUUAUCUGAGCCUGGCAAUAAAGUGACCACUUUACCACAUCCCACUUCACCAAAUGAGGAAGGGAACCCUCCUCCAUCUCCAAAACGUAAGAGGGGACGUCCACGCAAAGACUCCACAGCUACACCAGAUGCUGUUACUGAAGGACAGAACUCUGAUGCAUCAAAAACUGAUUUCAACAAAGAGCCGAGAGUCCCAUUAGAAAACCAAACUGCUGAAGUUGUCAACAAAAGUCAGGCCUCAGAGUCGACUAAAUCUGAGGAAACGGAGGUUUCAGCCUCUGCAACAAAGACGGAUCACACUUCAAUGUCAGUCUCAGCUUCAGUCCUGGCACCAGCUGCACCUGCAGCUCAGGUGUCUUCACCUCUUUCUGUGACUGCCUCCACGUCAGCAUCCUCAGAUGUCAUUAGUUCAGCUCCAACUCCAGACACAGUAUCAUCCCAGGUUUCUUUUGCACCCUCUGUUACAGCACCCACAUGUUCCACCGUCACCGCCACAGCUCCACCUGCUUCACCAACUCCUCCCUCUACGAAGCCAACAACUUUUUCCACAGUUCCUGAAAUUCCUGUUGAGCCAAACUCAUUUUCUGUUUCUACAACUGUAAAAUCCCCAGAACCAGAGUGUGCCAAAGUCACACCAGAUGCUAGUCCUUCACACACUGUGUCAUCAUCAACAGAUCCUGCCACAACAAUCCCAACAGCUACACCCACAUCAUCAGCAGAAAGUGUUGCCACUACAGAGAAGUCACUCACAGCUGAAACAGAUUUGAAGCAAAGCUCUGCAGCACCAGCUGUAACCUCCAUCCUACCUGUAACUCAUGACAUUUCAGCCUUUAUAUUGAGCCCCACAGUCUCCCAGAAGCUUGCAUGCACACCUACAACUCUAAUAAAAACUAAACAAGCUAGCCCAUCAAAUACCACAACAACAGUUAAAGCAGUACCACCGAGUACAGUAAAUUCAAGUCCAACCAUGUCUGACAAGACUUCUGCAAAACCACCAGUGACAACAGUCUCACCAUCUUCUGAAAAUACUUCUCCAGACAAAGCAAGGCCUAAUGUGACGACUGCUACAGCUCCCAUCGAAUUGGUCACUACUUCACCACCGCCAACACAAGAGGUCUCAGAGACUGAGCCUGGAAAUUCCGCUGAAACAUCUGCUGCUCCACCUACUCCAGCUUCCACUCCUUCCACAUCCACAUCUCCCAGUGCUCCAGCUGCUGAGGCAACGUCAUCACACCGAAUAACUUCUACCCCUGCCACAACAGCAGAAGAGAGUUUUGAGCCUCUUCCAUCAGAUCCAACACAAACUCCUUCUGUGGUUACCAUGACUACAGCAUCCCCAGAAAAGUCACUUAUAGUUGACACCACAUACACUACAGCUACCCAAAUAACCUCCACAGCCUACUCUGCUUCAGAUGCAACAGUUGCAGCAUCCACAGCUACAACAACCAAAACAGUCCCACCAGUUUCCAACACACAGACCACUACAGCCAGUUCCCCACAUGAACAAAGCUCUUCGACCACACCGGCUCAAACCAAGGUUCCGCCCCACAGUCCAACACGUACUGAGAAGGAAUCUUCAGAGCCAACACAGAAAUUGUCCGACUCAAAAAGUGACACAGUGACUGAAAUGGAAGUAGACGCUGUGGAGGCUGAAGCAAAGGUCAGUGAGGAGGAGGACCACAAAAAGCAGGACGUCAGUAAGUCGCUGACAAAAAGAAGAAAUGCAGAGAGUUCCUCUGAGAAUAAAGAGUUUGCAUCUGGAAAGGACAAUAGGGAGGGAGAAGGCACAAAAAAAGCAACUGCUCACCAGAAGGAAGAGCCGAAGCAACAGACAGCAGAGGAAGCAAGUGAAGACCAGAAACCUCCCAAUCAGAAAAGAUCCCUCAGUCGGCAGAGUAGUCAGGAUUCUGUGCGCUCCUCUUCACCGUCAUCAGGCUGUUCUACAUCCACCCUCACUCGUCAUGCUCACCAUAAGAAGACUUACGAAAACAGACACCCUGCCAAGAAAAGGCGAAUGGAUGUCAGAUCUGACGAGGAGAAAAAGGAAGAUGGAGAGAAGAAAGAGGAAAGCAGCGAGGAGAGGCCAACCACCACAGCCUCUCGAAGGAGGCAUUCCAGGUCUUCCUCUUCCUCCUCCGACUCUGACAGCAGUGAGACCAGGAAGCGGUUGACACGCUCUGCCAAGCGUAGGCUGCAAGACCAGGAAACGGACAAGGGCAACAAGGAAAGGAGAGGAGGGAAACCUGCACAAACCUCGAGCAAAAAUACAUCAAACAACACCAACGCAUCCACAGGAGGAGAGUCGGGCAGUGACACAUCCUCUGUUAGGAUGACGAGGAAGUCUGCAGGAUCUCAGCCUUCACAGGAUAGUAAAGCUCAGACUAACAGUGCACCUUCUUUGCCUCCGGAACCGGAAGUUCUGGGGAAAAGGUGCUCAGCUUUGAAUGCUGCAGCCAAGCUUCUAGCAAUGAAAGGCAGGGUGGACACUCCUGGACACACACCUCGGAAAGAUUCGGGAAGCAAGGCUGCAGGGACUUCCUCUUCUGACAAGAACCAAAAGGCUAAGAGUGUGCUUGCCUCUCCUCAAAGUAACUCUGUAAAUCUUACUAAUAAUAAAACCAGUGGCAGCAAAAGUUCAACACCGAACCAGACGAGCCGCUCUGCAUCUCGCUCCACCAGACAGUGUCCCGGAGCCCUGGUUCCACCGCUAGAAGUGGAGUACAAGAGGCCCAAACCGGAGGAAAAAGACGGUAGUUGUAAGAAAUCGUCAAGAGGAAAAGAAGGCGAAGGAGAGAGGCAGUCUUCAUCACGAGGUCACAGCGCCUGCAGCAGCAUGAGCAGCGACGGCGAGGGUGACUGCGGCGGGCGCAGCAGCAGAAGCCGCAGCAGCAGUAACAGCAGCCAGCGCACCCACAGCAUCAGCUCCCAAAACACAGAGCGCCGAGGCUCCCAUUCCCGUGCCACGUCCUCCGGCAGCGAGCGUGACAGAGACCGCAGCCCCGAGCGGGCCACAAAAGAGAAGCAGAGCCAACAAAGGGAGAGCAGAAAGGACAGCAGGAGGUCUCAGAAAGUCUCACAGGAGGUGACCAGCAGUUCAGGAACAGAGGGAACGCCAGACCGAGUGCUGCGGAGCGUCGCGGCCCUUGCGGCAGCGCAGGCGCGCUCUCCAGCCGCAAGCACCCGCUCCUCUGCUUGUCAACAACGCAACAAGACGUGAUUGGAGUGCCAAAGGUAAAACAAACAAAGAAAAAACAAAAGAAACUAGUGUUGCAGGGCACGAUACGAGAGCAUGUCACGACCUCCGAGGUUGCUGCUUUGCCUGCACUCUGAGGAAAACAUGGGACCGGAGUGCUGCACAAGCCAGAGACCUCCCUGCCUCUUGGGCCCUCUCCCUUUCUAAACAGAGCUGGUCCCCUCACCAGUUUGGCUAUGGACUGCUGGGGGAAGGCUUGGGGACGCUGGACUGACCGUAAAAAUGUGGCGUCAUUGUAGUACGUCCGUAAGCAGACGAGGGGUGUUGCAGUGGAUGAAUUUUACCACUGAGACUUGAAGGGGGGCAAAGGUGCAAGAUGUAAUGGGCAAGUUCACAUUAUGUACUGUAAUCAUUCAAGACUGGAACACUCAGACACCUCUGAGAUGGGAUUAUACAGCUCCCUCUAUCGGAGUUACAUUAAAAGUCAUUUGUGUGACAUUUAAACCUUUUGACUGACCAGUUAUAUUGUAAGUUGAAGGUUUUAGAAAGUUUGGUUUCAAAAUUUGUCAGCUGCCCUGACUAUUGUUUCUUUAUAGGCAGUUUAUAAGUUAUGCAUAUUUUAUUAUUUCUUCCAGGGUAUUGGGAAGAUAACAGGUCUGUCUGUGUGGCUGCAUUAUGCUGGAGCUUGUCUUUGCUUGGAUCCUUUUAUUUUUAUUUUUUUUCCUUCUUCAUGUCAUUUCUGUUUAUUGGAUUCAUAUAAAAUCCAGCCUUGCAUUUCUCAUUUGCACAUUUAAAGAGAAAAAAAUGUGGCCCUUAGCUUUUUGAGUACAUUGUGGUGUAGUAAUACGUUUGUACAUCAACUCAAGUCAACAAACUUGUUCCUGGUACCUCGGCAUAUCUCUGCAGUAUGAAAAUGUUUUAAUUGAACUUGCAAAUUGUCUCCAAGACAUUACAUCAUUUUUCCCCCAGUACUCCUACUGACAGUUAACGCUACAGUCCACGUCGUCAUGUAUUUAUAUUGAAAGGGCAAGUCAGUGUUUGUGAAGUAAGAGUGCCUCUUUGGCCAAAUGGUUUUCAACCUCUAAUUGCCUUGUGAAGCACCUGAAGCAGCUUAU